AUGGUCUGCCAAUGCAAUUUCAGGCAACAAGCUGCAGAGGAAAGGCACUAUUCGGGCAGUCCUUCACCACCACCGUCAGAUGCAGACACAGCUACCGCCAAGCAGACACAGGAUUUAUUAUCCGGUCUCGAUAAUCAGGUAUGGCCGCCACCAGUACCACAGUAUCAGGAAUCGAGUGAUUUGUUAAUGAUGCAUGCAUCAAAACAUGCCGAUGAAGAGGUGUAUGGAAUAAAAUCUGAGCCCGUACAUCAGGAUUUGUCGCAACUUGCAUUCAGGAACGAGAACGAACCGGAAAGUACGGCAGAUAAUGAGGAUUAUGACGAUGAAGCAAUACCUCACCAUGGAAGAUUUGACGAAAAGGCGCAGAGUUUUGAUUUGAGUGGUGCUGCUGGUAAUUUAAUACCGGAUGAACCUGGUGAAAGCCUUGAUACUACUGCACCGCUGGUGCAUUUUCCGCCUGGUUUCGAUGUAAAACAUCGUAGUGUUUCGUUGAGUGCCGAAGACAACUUGCGAAAGCAGCUGAAAUUCAUUGGUCCUUGCGCACCAAUUCCUGUUAAGUUUGAAGAUCCACCAGCUGUAUUAUCCGAGGAACCCAAUAAGCCUGCAUUUGGUGUAGCUGGCCCAGGUGAAAUUCUGGUUGAAACGAUGCUUGUACAGGAUACUGCUAUUGCGGCACCCUUAUUAUAUCCGAUACCGUCCGAAAACGAAUUUGAGAUUGAUACGUAUAAUUCAGCGGAACCGGAAUUUGUACGUUCAGGCAGCGAAGAAAUGCAGUCGGUGUCAGAUUUUGUCUGUAAAACAUCAUCGCUACACGAUAGUCUGGAAAAGGAGAAUGCCGAUGUAAGCGAAGAGUUGGCACAAAAAGUACCGGAUGGUACAGAAACAGAACCAGGUGCAUCGUAUGGUACUGCCGUGGUACCCGAUGUGCCCUAUAAUAGUGACACUGGACUGGUGUCACAUAAACUGCAAAGCACUGACUUUGUGCCGGCUGUCUCUGGUCACACCGAACUGGUGUCAGACGUGUUGUCGGUUGAUGGGAAUGUCCAUAAGACUGCUGCGGCUACUAAAGAAUCGUUGUUGUCUACGGUUCCAGCAGUACCGAUCAGCGAAAACAUUCCGGCUGCAGUGGAGUCACCAGCUCUGGAAGACGUGCUUAAAUUUUCAGCAGCCCCAGUUGUUCAAGGAAAUGCAUCACAGCCAGCAGUGCAACCGACAACAAUUGAAGCAGAGGAAGAACUAGUGCAAAAAACCGAGCUUACACCGCUGAAGCAGAGGAGCGAACCGGAACACCAUCAGGUUUGA